UGGAAGAGACAGGAAAUUGGCACGAUUGGGGUAGACCACGUACCAGAAAUGAUGACAGCUAAACUAGGGUACAGUUGUCAGAACUCUUACCAAGUUCUCAAAGCAACUUUCUUGCCAGCACUAAAAGAUCUCCCAGCAGCUCUAGAAGAUCUCAGAUCCUGAAGAUUUUACUGUAAAGACAUCUUAGACAUGGGCCCAGAGAUCAACAUGCCAGGCCCAGUGUGUCUGAUUGAGAAUACUGAAGAGCAGCUAGUUGUCAACAAGGAAGCUCUGGAGACCCUGUCUGCCAUCUCACAACCUGUAGUGGUGGUGGCCAUUGUGGGCCUCUACCGCACUGGCAAAUCCUACCUGAUGAACAAGCUGGCUGGCAAACAAAAGGGCUUUUCUGUCGGAUCCACAGUGCAGGCUCACACCCAAGGAAUCUGGAUGUGGUGUGUGCCUCACCCCAGCAAGCUGGACCACACUCUGGUUCUUCUGGACACUGAAGGACUGGGAGAUACGCAGAAGGUUGAUAACAAGAAUGAUGAGCAGAUCUUUGCACUGGCAAUCCUUUUGAGCAGCACCCUUGUUUACAAUACCAUGAGCAACAUCGACCAAGGGGCUAUUGACCUACUUCACAAUGUUACAGAAAUAACAGAUCUGCUCAGAGCAAGAACCUCCUCUCAUCUUGAUGGGGUUGAAGAUGCUGCUGACAUUGUGACAUUCUUUCCUGACUUAGUGUGGACUCUGAGGGACUUCUACCUUGACCUGGAAACUGAUGGACAACUCAUCACAGCAGAUACGUACCUGGAGAACUCACUGAGGCCAAAGGAAGGUAGUGAUCAGAGGAGUCAGAAUUAUAAUUUACCCCGUCUAUGUAUACAGAAGUUCUUCCCAACAAGGAAAUGCUUUAUCUUUGACACACCUAUUCAUGGGAAGAAACUUGGCCAGCUUGAAACAUUGUGUGAUGAUGAGCUGGAUCACGAGUUUGUGCAACAAGUGGCAGAAUUCUGCUCCUACAUCUUCAGCCAUUCUAAGAUCAAAACUCUUCCGGGAGACAUCAAGGUCAAUGGACCUCGUCUAGAGAACCUGGUGCUGACCUAUGUUAAUGCCAUCCACAAUGGAGAACUGCCCUGCCUGGGGAACACAGUGCUGGCCUUGAGUCAGAUAGAGAAUGCAGCUGCAGUACAGAAAGCAAUGAGUCACUAUGACCAGGAGAUGACCCAGAAGGUGCAGCUCCCUACAAACACACUCCAGGAGCUGUUGGACCUGCACAGGGCCUGUGAGAGAGAAGCUAUAGAAGUUUUCAAGAAGAAUUCUUUCAAGGAUGAGGAUCAAGGUUUCCAGAAAGAAUUAGAGGCCCUACUACAUACAAAGCAAGAAGCUAUUUGUCAGAAGAACUUGGAAGCCUCUUCUGAACGCUGCUCAGCCUUACUUCAGGAUAUCUUUACUCCGCUGGAAGCAAACGUGCAGCUGGGGAUUUAUUCUAGACCAGGAGGCCAUAAUCUCUACAUUCAGAAGAUAGAAGAGCUGAAGGCACUAUACUACCAGAAGCCUGGGAAAGGAAUCCAGGCUGAGGAAGCUCUACAGAAUUAUUUACAUUCCAAGAAGCCUGUGAGUGAUGCAAUUCUACAGACAGACCAGGCGCUCACUGCCAAGGAAAAUGAGAUGAAAGUGCAACGUGCAAAAGCAGAGACUGCCAGGGCUGAUGCACAAAGAUUGGAGGAGCUUCACAGGAUGCAACAAAAGUUGAUGGAGGAGAAGGAGAGGGUCCGUCAGCAGCAACUGAGGCAAAUGGAGAUCAACAGAGCAAACUUUCUGGCAGAGCUGAAGAGGGCUGAAGAACAGCAGCUCCAGGAAGAGGCUGAAAGACUCAGAGCAGCCCAAGAAGCUGAAAGAAGAAGACUCCAGGAAAUGCUCUGGCAUUUAGAGAACAGGAGGCACUCACGUGAUCACUGUAUCUUAUGCUAAUGUGCUAAAUAUCGGGGUUUUCUUUUCUUCCUCCUUCACUGAAGAAACAAAGAGAUGAAAAACUAAACAACUAGGAACCAAUAACAAAUAAUCCCAGUGACUCCUGUCCAA